AGCUUCUUGUCUUUUCACUCCAUCAUCAAAUCUCGACCUCGCUCUACAAGCAGAGUCGUCUCCUCCAGCAAGAACAUCUAUCACCUCACUACCUUAUAUCAACAAUGUCUGGACGUGGCAAAGGUGGAAAGGGACUCGGAAAGGGCGGCGCCAAACGCCACCGCAAGAUUCUUCGUGACAACAUCCAGGGCAUCACCAAGCCCGCCAUUCGUCGUCUCGCCCGCCGUGGUGGAGUAAAGCGUAUCUCUGGUCUUAUCUAUGAGGAGACCCGUGGUGUCUUGAAAAUCUUCCUCGAAAACGUCAUCCGAGACUCUGUCACAUACACGGAACACGCUAAGCGCAAGACGGUUACUGCCCUUGAUGUUGUGUACGCCUUGAAGCGCUCUGGCCGUACUUUGUACGGUUUCGGCGCCUAAACCAUGUGCCUGUCAUUAGUUCUGUUAUAAUUUAUGUCUACUCCCGAUUUGUAACACGAUGUAAUAUGACUCAGGCUUCAGAAUUUAUGAUUCAUCGCGGUCCCGUUG